AUGAGUCAGAACCAAGAUUCGCUGUCGCAGGCAACAUCAAAGCUCUCGCUCAACCCAAAUGCCGCUUCAUGGAAGCCUAAUCUUGGCGCAAAGGAGUUUGUCCCUUCAUUUGGCGCUCCAGCACCCGCACCCGCUGCUCCUGCUUCAUCUGCACAACCUGCUCCUCGUGUCAUGAAGCUCACUUCCAACACUACUCCUUCCCAGCCUGAAGCUGCUGCUGCUGCUCCUGCUGCUACUGAAAAGAAGGCUGAACCUGUCAAGGAAGAUCCCAAGCCUGCUGCUGAGUCAGCUCCCAAGCCUGCUGCUCCUAAGCCUAAGGCUGCUCCCAAGGCCAACAAGAAGGAAGCCGAAAAGGCUGUGGAAAAGGCUGCUGAAAAGUCCAAUGCUGUCAGCAAUGAUUUGCAAAACGUGGAUGAUGAGAUCGUGCAAGACAUGUAUGGCAAGGAACAUCUCAACAUUGUGUUCAUGGGUCACGUCGAUGCCGGUAAAUCGACCAUGGGUGGUAACAUCUUGUUCUUGACUGGCAUGGUGGAUAAGCGUACCAUGGAUAAGAUUGAAAAGGAAGCCAAGGAUGCUGGUCGCGAGACUUGGUACCUCUCUUGGGCACUUGACACUGGUACUGAAGAACGUGCAAAGGGCAAGACCGUUGAAUGUGGUCGCGCUUACUUUGAAACCACCAACCGCCGUUAUACCAUUCUUGAUGCUCCAGGCCACAAGAACUACGUUCCUAGCAUGAUCACUGGUGCUUCUCAAGCUGAUGUCGGUGUCAUGGUCAUUUCUGCUCGUAAGGGUGAAUUCGAAACUGGUUUCGAACGUGGUGGUCAAACUAGAGAACACAUGAUGUUGGCAAAGACUUCUGGUAUCAACAAGAUGAUCAUUGCUGUCAACAAGAUGGAUGACCCUACCGUCGAAUGGGACAAGGCUCGCUAUGAUGAAAUUCUCGGCAAGUUGACUCCUUUCUUGAAGCAGACUGGCUACCAUCCCAAGAACGAUGUCAUGUUCAUUCCUGUCAGUGGUUACACUGGUGCCAAUAUUAAGGAUCGCGUUGGUGACAAGUGCCCUUGGUUCGAAGGUCCCUCUUUGUUGGAGUAUCUUGACAACAUGAAGACCUUGGAUCGUAAGCUCAACGCUCCUCUCAUGCUUCCCAUUGCUGAAAAGUACAAGGACAUGGGUACUAUCAUUGUCGGCAAGAUCGAGUCUGGUCACAUUAAGAAGAACCAAACCUACAUGCUUAUGCCCAACAAGCGUCCUUGUGAAAUCAGCACCAUUUACAACGAAACCGAAGAUGAGGUUGACCACGCCAUUUGCGGUGACAACGUUCGUGUUCGUCUCAAGGGUGUUGAAGAAGACGAAAUCUCUCCUGGUUUCUUGCUUUGUGACAAGAAGAAGCCUGUCAAGUCGACUACUGUUUUGGAAGCUCAAUUGGCUAUUCUCGACCAUAAGAACAUCAUCUGCGCUGGUUACACUGGUGUGAUGCACGUGCACGCUGCUGUUGAGGAAAUCACUCUUUCAGCUCUUCUCCACAAGAUUGACAAGAAGACUGGCAAGAAGACCAAGCGCCCUCCACCAUUCGUCAAGCAAGGUGAAAAGGUGAUUGCUCGUAUCGAAACAGCCGGUCCCAUCUGUGUUGAAACCUUUGAAGAAUAUCCUCAACUCGGCCGUUUCACCAUUCGUGAUGAAGGCAAGACAAUUGCUAUUGGUAGAAUCACCAAGGUUUUGGACGGUACGGCCUGA